GUUUAAGGUGCCGACUCGGCGCAGCUCGUUUUCCCGCGAGUCGGUGCAGCCGCGGUCCUUAUCCUCCGCACAGCGGCGUCGACCUUGUGCUUUGGGCGACAUGAACCGCACAUCGACGGGUGUUCCUGUGACCGGCAGCGCGAACAAGAACUCUCCCGUGAUCCCGGCAGCUUGUGCAGGAAGUUCUUCUGCCAGAACUGGAGUCGCUUCUCUGAACAAAUCUGGAGGUUUUCCUUCUUCCUCGAUAAAAGACAGUCGUGGAGUACUCUCCGGACAGAGACGAAAAACUGCUCCAACGAGGAGCGCAACGAGUGAGGACUACAGAUCGGAGGAUGAAGAUUUCUUCGCUCCUUACGUUAAGGCAACCAAGAGAGCAACAUCCUAAAGGGUAUCAUCCUUGGCGCAUUCUUCCUAAGGGAAAAAGGCGCCAAGUAUCCGGUCAGGGAUGCGAACGCGGUAGCUCUAAGUACGAUGGGGGAGUGGAUCCACAUGAUCUUAGAGG